AUGGUCACAACACAUAUGAAUGAAGUUGAACUGAAAAAUCUGGUAGGAUUUUCUGAUUUAGCUGAAGAACCAUUAGUAUCAUUUUCACCUAUUCACACUUAUGAACAAAUGCCAUUAGUAACGUUAGACGAAGCAAUCGAACCAUUAUUAGCUAGUGUACCUGAUGUUAAACAAAUGUUAUGUUUUGUCAAAGAAAAUUGUCAAGAACCGAAAGACGGUUUAACACUCAAUGAAUCAGCUUCGAUUAUGUUAUAUUCAAUAGAUUGGAAACCACAAGAAAAUUCAUUUAAUCUGAUUCUUAAUCGAACGUUACGGGACGAAAAUCGAGAAAGAUUAAAACCAUGGUACCUUUAUUUAAAAUUACUUAUGAAGUCAUUAUCAAAACUUCCAUCGAUUCAUUGUUAUGUUUAUCGUGGCGUACAAAUUGAUUUGAGUAACGAAUAUCCACAAGGAAAAACAUUUACUUGGUGGGGAUUUUCAAUGUGUACUCGAUCAAUUGAAAAAUUUGAAAAAAAACAAUUUAUCGAUGAAAAAAGUCCAAGAACUCGAUUUAAAAUCGAAUGUCAAUCAGCCAAAGAUAUUCGUAAUCAUUCAUUGCAUAAAGCAACCGAUGAAAUUCUUUUAUUAUCAGCUCAAUGUUAUAAAGUUAUUUCAUCCCUGGAUUCAGGUAGCGGUCUUCAUGUUAUCCAAGUCAAAGAAAUGGAUCCAUAUUCAGUUUCAUCAUCAAAUAAUGCUGAUCGUACUUCAUCAAUUAAUUUAUCAUUUAAUCAACGAAAACCUUCGAUUAGUAUAUUGAUUCGGGAGGCAUCAUUCUGUUCAGUUGUAUUGAAAUUAACAGUAAGAUUAUAUGAAUGGUUGAAUAUUUAUUCUAUAGGAUCGUCAUCAUCAUCAUCAACAUAUCAUAAUUCUCAUUUAGAAGAUUUAUUAACUCUAUGUAAAUCCGACUCAUGUAUUGAUUUAUCUGUACGUGAGUUGAUUGAUCAAGAUAUGCCAAUUAUUGUUCAACGAGCAAUAAUUGAUAAAAAAUGUAAAGGACUUUAUUUAACAGGAAAUAAACUUUCGAGUCAAAGUAUUUCAAUCUUAUGUGAUGGAUUAUAUAAUAAUUCAACAUUGGUCGAAUUAGACUUAUCCGACAAUCACAUAUCUGAUAGUGGUAUUCAAAUUUUAAUAGAUGUUCUUUCAACAAAUAAGUCCAUUCUUAAAAGACUUCAUCUCGGGUCAAAUAAUAUAUCUGAUCAAGCUAUAAAAUAUCUAUCGGAUAUGCUUAAAACAAAUCAAUCAUUAACGCAUCUAUUGUUAAAUCGUAAUAAUAUAAGCAAUCGUGGUGUACAUUUAUUAUCGAAUGUUUUAGCAUUACAUAAUCGUUCACUUGAAGUAUUAUCAUUUUCAGCAAAUAGUUUAAUAACAGAUGUAAGUGUUGAUUCAUUAAUUGCCAUGCUUGAACAAAAUAAUACAUUAAAAGAACUUGACAUUAAAUAUUGUAAUAUGACAAUAAGCAAUAGUCAACGUCUUCAAAAAACAGCCAAUGAAAAACAUGGUUUUAAACUUUAUACAAAUCCAAUUCAAAGUACUUGUUGUGUAUCAUAA